UCUGUUUUAUUUUCCUCUUUUCUUUUUGCUUUUCGUUUUUUUUCUGUUUCUUCUAGUUGUUUGUCAGAUACUUUAGCAGAUGUUUCUACGCCGUGGUUUCAUCGUUUGUGUUGGCUGUGCGGCUGCAGGAGUCCUUGAGGAUGUACUCUAUGACAGUGACAGCGAAUUAGGCGUUGCUGGCAAUGUGGAAAGUGAGAGGGURGGCAAGAGGGGSAAGCCAGGAGGGAAGCAGCAGAAAGAUGACGACGAUGACCAMUCGGAGGACUACAAGUUUGRAGGAGGGUGGAGUGAUGAAGAGUACAGUCCCAUAUCGAAGAGGGCAAGGGUAGGCAGAGGAGAUGGCCAAAAGGGAGGAAGAAAGGUUGGAGGAGGUGGAGGGAGAAAGUUCACAAAGAGAGAGAAAGAAACUGCAUUGAAAGGCACGGUGACAGACAUGGAGGUAGGCACGGAGACAGCCACGGACAUGGGCAUGGAGACAGGUGUGGAGGCAGGCACAGAGACAGGUGCAGAGGCGGGGACGGAAGUACACGUGGUACCCAUAGAGUUGGUAAUAUGGAAGGAGACAGACACAGAAACAGGCACAGAGACAGGUACGGAGGCAGGCACAGAGAUAGGUGUAGAGGCGGGCAUGGAAAAAGGUCUGCAGUCGAAGAGCAUUUCAGGGGCAGAACAUGAUGACGGAGUCUGUGUGGACGAAGUGGUUUGUGGAUUAGGAAGAGGGGUAACGGAUGGAGACAAAACCAGGGGAGGUAGGAGUGGUGAAGAUGGGGGUGGUACAGUUGUCGGAAGGUGGGUAACAGACGGCGAUAAAACCAAGGGAAAUUUAGGCGGUGAAGACGGGGGGGAUGAAGUCAAGGGUGGUGAAGUGGCUGAAGCAGAGACAGGGGGGGCAGUCGUAGGUGAGACCCGAAGAGAGGACUCUGCAGGUGGUAAUGCAGGCAUGGUCACGGAUGCCAUGGAGGAACGCACUGAGACCAAGGGUGGCACAACAGUUGCAGUGGCACCGGAUGCCAUGGAGGAACACACCAAGACCAAGGGCGACACAACAGUUGCGGGUCGAGUUGCACCCGCGGAAUCAGUCGUAGAAGCAACCAAGGUCGACGAGGAAGAGGCUGUGAACCGAAAAGGGGCAGCGAGGGUCACAAACGACAUGGAAGAGGUUACUAAGACUGAUGAGGACGCAGGUGCGGUAGACGCAGGUAAUGAAGAAGAGGUUGUGAUAGGUGUGACAGCCGCCGAUAAUGAAAAAGGGGUUGUGACAGGCGUAGUCCGAGUACAGUGUGUGGAUACCCGAGAAAACGGGUGAUGAAUAGACCAUCGAAGCAUGCUACGGAACCAGCUGGAGAGGCGGGUUACGUGCGCAGGGUACCUGUGUUGACGUUU